ACAAGCACUCCUUAAAUCUAACUCAGAGAAUAAACACAUGUAUAUCUAAUUUUUAUACUUUUAGUCUGCCAUAGAAUUUCGUUAAAAUGUACAAAAUUAUAAGUAUACUUUAUUGUCAUAUUCCUAGACCUAAAUUCUAUGUAACAAAAGCACAUCAAGAUUCAAAUGAAUAAUUCAUUGCAAGGUAUUCCAGUAUAUAUUCACAACUCAAGCAAAACUAGAGAUCCUCCUAAUUCCAGGGAAUUUAAGAAGACCAUACCAAUUACCAUGGUUUAAGAUAAGGAAAGAUUAUAUGAAGAACUCAAUAAAACUAAACAAAUAUGUAAUACUCUUAAAUUGGAGAAUCAUCAACUUAAAGCUUAACUUAAAAGUAAAGAAACCGCCAUGCUCAAAUCUAAUGAUGUACAUCAUCAUUUUAUUUAGACUACUAAUGAAGAGUACUAAUCCUCUGUUAAUAAAACUAUUCCAUAAUAGUUUAAGAAACAAAUUAUUGAAGUCUCAUAAUCAACUAUUAUUAUGUAAUUGAAGAAACAAAAUAAAGAUUUAAGAGAAGAACUUGAUGAUUUUAAAGAAGAAAUGAUUAGAGUAAAAAGGAGUGCUAAAUUAACUAAAAUUUAAGAAUUAGAAGCUGAAUUGAAAAAUUACUCUGAUGAAUCAUUACGUCUCAAAUAACUUCUACAUCAAUAAAUACUUAAAACUAUGAAUCCGUAAUUUAUUUCUUCAACUUUCUAGUACUAAAACUGAAUAGAAUAUUGAAGACCGAAUUCUGACCUUAUAAGAAUAAUUACAGAAGUGUAUUUCUUAAAGAAAUAAAUAAACUUCAGAACUCAAAAAAGCUUAAGAGGAAAUUGAAAAGUUGAACUUUUUGAACCAAGAAUUAGAACAGAAUUAUUAGAAAAGUAUCAAAGAAAAAACUUAAAUUAAAAAAUAAUUGACUUCUUUAGAAGAAUAAUUUAAUAAAGCUUAAUUAAAUGAUCCAUUAUUUAGAAGAGGAUAAGAUGUUACAUAAAUGANUAUAAGAAUUUAAUAAUGUUAUACCCAUUUAUUGAAUAGAUUCUUCCUGAUGAGGAAACAGAAUAACAAUAGUGAUUUAUAUAAUUCAAUAAAAUAAAUUAUGAGACCAUAUACAAGCACUCCUUAAAUCUAACUCAGAGAAUAAACACAUGUAUAUCUAAUUUUUAUACUUUUAGUCUGCCAUAGAAUUUCGUUAAAAUGUACAAAAUUAUAAGUAUACUUUAUUGUCAUAUUCCUAGACCUAAAUUCUAUGUAACAAAAGCACAUCAAGAUUCAAAUGAAUAAUUCAUUGCAAGGUAUUCCAGUAUAUAUUCACAACUCAAGCAAAACUAGAGAUCCUCCUAAUUCCAGGGAAUUUAAGAAGACCAUACCAAUUACCAUGGUUUAAGAUAAGGAAAGAUUAUAUGAAGAACUCAAUAAAACUAAACAAAUAUGUAAUACUCUUAAAUUGGAGAAUCAUCAACUUAAAGCUUAACUUAAAAGUAAAGAAACCGCCAUGCUCAAAUCUAAUGAUGUACAUCAUCAUUUUAUUUAGACUACUAAUGAAGAGUACUAAUCCUCUGUUAAUAAAACUAUUCCAUAAUAGUUUAAGAAACAAAUUAUUGAAGUCUCAUAAUCAACUAUUAUUAUGUAAUUGAAGAAACAAAAUAAAGAUUUAAGAGAAGAACUUGAUGAUUUUAAAGAAGAAAUGAUUAGAGUAAAAAGGAGUGCUAAAUUAACUAAAAUUUAAGAAUUAGAAGCUGAAUUGAAAAAUUACUCUGAUGAAUCAUUACGUCUCAAAUAACUUCUACAUCAAUAAAUACUUAAAACUAUGAAUCCGUAAUUUAUUUCUUCAACUUUCUAGUACUAAAACUGAAUAGAAUAUUGAAGACCGAAUUCUGACCUUAUAAGAAUAAUUACAGAAGUGUAUUUCUUAAAGAAAUAAAUAAACUUCAGAACUCAAAAAAGCUUAAGAGGAAAUUGAAAAGUUGAACUUUUUGAACCAAGAAUUAGAACAGAAUUAUUAGAAAAGUAUCAAAGAAAAAACUUAAAUUAAAAAAUAAUUGACUUCUUUAGAAGAAUAAUUUAAUAAAGCUUAAUUAAAUGAUCCAUUAUUUAGAAGAGGAUAAGAUGUUACAUAAAUGAAAUUGGAAUUAGAAAAAAAGGUUGUAGAGAAUAACCAGUUAAAAAAUGAUAAUAUGAUAAAAGAUAGAAAAGUUCAUGAAUUAGAAAGAUAACUAAAAGAGGUAACAAGUACAUUCUAGGAUAAAUUGAAUACAGUAACAAAAGAAAAAGAAAGUUUUAAAGAGAAAUAUGAGAAAUAAAAAUAAGAAUUGAUUGAAUUGCAAGAUAAAUAUUAACAAUUGUUUUUUAAUAGUAAUAGGAAUUUGUAGUCAUAGUAAUUCUAAAGUGGUAGAAGAGAAGCAAUUUUUACAAUUUAAUCUUAAGAGGAUGCUCAAAAUUAAAGAAGAAAAUCAUAAGAAAAUACACCUGAUGUGUAAAAAUAAAAUGAUACUCCAUAAUAGUAAUAACAAUAGAUUUAAUAAGAGAAACAAAGUUAUAGAAGAAAAGUGUAAAGAAAAUUGAGUUCAAUUAGAUAAGAUGAUAUUGAGGAAUUAUUAACUUAAUUAAGAUAUAAGUUAAGGGCAUAGAAUAUAAGAAAUGCUGAAUUAGAAUUAUAUUUAUUUCGAUAGAAAGAUACAAAUGAGACAUCUUUAGGAGAGCUGAUAUAGAUUCUAUAAAAUAAACCAUUUAAUUUAAAUUAAAAUGAAAGUGUAUUGAUAUCAAGAUAUUUAAUUGAGCCUUAUGGUGAGAAAGAGAUAACUUAUAACAUAAAUUUAACAAAGGAUAAUGAAAGUAUCAUGUAAACUUUGAUAAGAGCUGUAGGGAAAUAUAAUAUAUUGGUUGGAGAAGAUAAAAUAUAGAUGCAUGAAUAAAUAAGAUAAAAGUUAAAUGAAAAGAAAGAUGAUUUAAUGGCAUAUUUGAAACCGAAGAAAUAAUAAGGUAAUUCAUAAUAAUCAAUAUCUGCUCAAUUACCUGGGAGUUUGGUAAAUAGAUAGUAAUUUAAAACAGCAUUGUUAUAGACAUCAUUAGAUGAAGAAUAAACAGAUGUUUUAUUAUAAACACUUUAUGAAUUAACUUAAGAUUUUAAUUUCAUAGACUUAGAUAUGGUUUUUUAAACUUGGCCAAGUUCAGGUCCAAUAAAAAUAAGUCGAGUUUAAGUAGAAUAACUGAAAGAGAAUGGUGAAUUACCUGAUAUAGUUAGAGAAUGUAUAGAUGGUUUAUUGGAAUAUGCUAAUAAAAAUGGAUUAUCAAUAUUAGAUUUAAGAAAAUAGAUAGAUGAAGAUAAUAGUGGACACGUAGAGAGAAUUGAAAUGAAAUAAUUUAUGGUUAAAUGUGAAAUACAAUUAAAUGAUGAAUAAUAUGAUUUAGUUUUAGAUCAUUUUGAUUUAGAAGGAGAUGGUCGUAUAUCUACUAAUGAUAUUGGCAUUGUUUUAAAUAAAGCUUAUAAUCUUAAGAUGUUAGCAAUGAAAGAAUAAAGAAGUGCUAAGAAAACUUCAAAAUGUAUUAAUAUAUAUAUUUAGAAAUAUUAAAUUUGGUUGCAAAUCAUUUUGUUUAAUUUAUGUAGACUAAUAAGUUAGAUCUAUUUUAAAUUUUUAUGACUAUUGAUCAAGAUGGCUCUGGAUCUGUGAGUAAGGAUGAAUUUAAAUAAAUGUUGAGAACUCGAGUAAGUGUAUAUACUUAAAAGGAAGAUUGUAAUUCCUUUGGAUUAAGAAGAGUAUUCUGAGUUUUUCAAAUUGAUUGAUAAUUCUAAUGAUGGAUAGAUACAUUUUAAUGAGUUUUAAUCACAUAUGAUACCAGAGAUUGAGAAGAUUACUUAGAGACCAUAUCAUGAAUUGUUAAAUGAGUAAACUACUAAGAAAGUUUCAUGA